AUGUUAUUGGAUCAAUUUUACUCUGUUGCAUUCCCAUUUUUAAAAAAUCAUAUCGUUCUAGAAUCUGAUUGCGAUAAUUUACCAAUCCUUAUCUUUUUAAUUGAUAAUAAUUAUAUUACAUCAAAAUAUCAACUUUCAAUACCUAAGUUGGAUUUUAGUUUUGAUAAUAGUUUACCAAUCCUAUCAUUUUUAAUCUAUAAUAAUUAUAUUCAAUCAAAAGAUCAACUUUUCUCUCUCUCUCAAAGAUGGGAUCAUUGCGUGAUAGAGAGGACAGUACAGAUAUUAAUAUUACUAAAAAGAGUGUUAAAAGAAUACCAAACAUCAAUCAUCAUAUUGCGCAAAACAAGAGUAAGAUUAUUUAUUUAUUUAUUUAUUUAUUUGUGUACAACUCAAGAAAUAUGUUUAUAUGGUGGGGGAGGUGGAGAAGACUCAACACAACCACAACAACAACAACAACAACAACAACAACAACAACAACAACAAAUAGAAUUAUUUAAAUAUCUAUUUGAAAAGAAACCUGAAUGGUUUUGUCAUCCAAAGUGUUUAGAAAAUGUUGCAUUGGCUGGUAAUCAAGAAAUGUUUGAUAUGCUUGCAUCCAAUACCAUCCCAGUUCAAGUAACUUUUGACAUUGAAGAAUUUGCACAUUAUCUUUUGGAAAAGAACGACUACAAGUUUAAAUUGGGAGAGAAUAUGUAUUUUUCAAUAUCAAUGAUAUAUUGCAAGCAAAAACAAAGUAAAAUGGAAAAGCUGUUUCCAGAUCUUUUUCUAUUACUUUUACAUGCUCAAGAUAUUAAACUAUUGAAACUUGCCUAUCGUAAAGGUCAUUAUAAAUAUGAAGAAAUAAUAAUGACUGAUUAUAUCCAAGGCUUGCUAUGUCGAGGUGUCAACAAGGAUACAGAUCUCAAUCAUCAAAUUGGAUUUAUCAAACAAGUAUUACAAUUUCAUCUUGAAAUGGAUCAAUAUAAUCAAUUGGUAGAAAAGGCAAAUCAAUCAGUUAUAUCAUUGGUUUCAACUGUGGAAUUUAAUGAAAUACUCUAUGAAAUAGAAGAUGAUGAAAAAGUAGAAGAUAGAUUAUCAACAAAACAAUCACAAUGGUAUAUAUUUUUAUUUAAUAUAUGUUAUUUUGGAUUGCUAGAUGAUAUAGAAAUAGCAAUUAAACCACAACAUUUAUUCAAAGUUUAUAUUAAAAAUCGUAAGGAAAAAGAAUAUACUGCAUUGUCAACUAUCUUUUAUUUCAACAAUCAACAUUUAAACCAAACCAAACAACUCUAUCUGAAAUAA